GUUUGCGCUGAGGAAGGACCCGCUAACGGCGGCUCAUCGUCGGCUCUUUGACGACUCAGGAAAAGAGUUUACAAAUCGGAAUUGUUAUCCAUCUGAAAUCUGAACCAUCCUGUGUAAAACGCCGGUAAAUAUUCUAUUAUGUGUAUUUACAGCCUGUCGCUAAUAAAACAGACCUUAAAUUCAGGUCAUGUCUGCACUGUUUUAGUUACAAAGCCAGAAAUAAAUGGAUAACGUCAGGCAAAAGUGGCGCUCACUAUGAAUGGGCUCUGAACUCGCUGACUGCAAGUUGAUGAAUUACCUAUGUAUGCCGACUUCGCAAAGUAAAGCACUUGCGUUUUCAUCUUGUUUCAAUGUGUCUCCUUCGUCAACUUAGCCAAGUAUUUAAGGAGCUAAAAUGAUCUGAGUAAUGUAGAAACACUAUAUACAACACGAACAGUCCGUUCUCUUGUCUGCUAAGCUAAAGUUAGCAGUGUUCUCUCUGGUUACAAACGUUGUGUAAAUAGUAAACUCGCGCUUAGGCAUGGUGAUAACAGACCGAUCUAAUAUUCACACACUGAGUUUUGAUUUAUAUGAGAUUCCAAGCCUUUGAGAUGAAGGUCAGUUUCUACGGUGCGAAGUUAGUUUUUAAGCUCUGCAGCCUUCACAGUGAACACACACUAUAAAAUGAAUUGUAACAAUAACCUGUAUAAACGCAUGAUAUUAACGGAAUUAUUUAUUUUAUUGCAGUCUUUUUCUGCCUUGGCACAUUGCUUUGUGCCCCUAAAGAAGCUCCUGGGGAAGCCACACAAAGAGAAAGAGCCAUGUUUCUGUACAACAUCACCUUACAGCGCGCCACCGGCAUCACUCACGCCAUCCAUGGAAACUUCUCAGGUGAGUGCUGGUGUCUACUUUCACUGUUUCUUUGUAAUAUCAAACUGUUCUUUGAGCCACGCACACAGCCUUACAGGACUUUAAAUGUGCGUGUUCUCCUAAUAAAAGUUCACAUUGGUCGUCGUCGUUUUCUUCCACUUCAUCCGGGUCGCGGGGACAGCAGCUUCAGGAGGGAAGCCCAGACGGCCCUCACCCUGGCCACUUCCACCGGUUCCUCAGGGGGGAUUCCCAGGCGCUCCCAGGCCAGGCGAGAGAUAUAAUCCCUCCACCUGGUCCUGGGCCGGCCACAAGGUCUCCUCCCAGUGGGACAUGUCUGGAACACCUCUAACGGGAGGCGUCCAGAAGGCAUCCUCAGCAGAUGCCCGAGCCACCUCAGCUGACUCCUCUUGUAGUGGAGGAGCAGCGGUUCUACUCUGAGCGCCUCCCGAGUGUCUGAGCUCCUUACCCUAUCUCUAAGGCUGAGCCCAGCCAUCCUGCGAAGGAAACCCAUUUCGGCCACUUGGAUUUGCGAUCUUAUUCUUUUGGUCAUUACCCAAAGUUCAUGGCCAUAGGUGAGAGUCGGCAGAUAGAUCGACCGGUAAAUCGAGAGUCUCGCCUUGCAGCUCAGCUCUUUCUUCACCACGACUAAUCGGUUAAGCGUCCACAUCACUGCUGACGCCGCUCCGAACCGCCUAUCGAUCUCCCGUUCCAUCCUACCCUCACCUGUGAACAAGAUCCCGAGAUACUUGAACUCCUCCACUCGAGGCAGGACCACCUCUCAGGCCUGGAGAAGGCAAUCUACCUUUUUCCGACAUUGGUUUUCUUAGUAAUUCAAUGACGAUACGGCGGCUUUCAGUUUCUAUGGUCCCCGGUUGUGGAGCAGCAUGCCGGAGACUAUUGAUGUUUUUAGGAAAAGGCUCAAGACUCACCUUUUUAACCAGGCUUUUUAUUUAUUGCCUCUCUUCUUCUCUUUCAUUUAACUUCUUUUUCCUCUUUUAUAUGGUAAAGAGCUUUUAUUCGUUUAUUUUAUUUUCUUGUUUUAGUCCAUCAGGUUUUAGUCUUUCUUUUUACCGUUAUUUGUUUAUGUAUUGCUAUUUUAUUUUUAAUCUUUUAUCUCCAGUGUUUCCCAAAGGUAGCUCUUUCCUCACGUAAUGUCUCGGUGUUAGGCCAUGUCUCUAUCUGAAAUUCUCACUCUGUGUGUGCUUGUGUAGGUGUAUGUGAGGGUGGGUGCGUGUCUGUGGGUGUGUGGGUUGGAGGGUCGGGUUUUAUUGUUGUUUGUUGUAACAUGUACUUUUUAAAAUCAUAAACUAUGUUCGUGAGCAGGUGAAGCCAUACAGUUUUUCUUUGAAGUCUAUAUUGCAAAUAUGAGACAAACUGAACUAAUUUUGUUAAUCUUUUUGUAGGAACCAAGUUGCAGGAGAUUGUUGUUUCCAGAGGAAAGAUCCUGGAGUUGUUGCGACCAGAUGCUAACACAGGAAAAGUGCACACUCUGCUCACUGUAGAGGUCUUUGGCAUUGUUAGGUCCCUGAUGGCCUUCAGACUCACAGGGGGAACCAAAGGUAUGUAACCAAAGAUCACUGGAGAAAGAGUUCACGUCUCUGAUCUCAACAAAAGUUUACAUUUUCACCCCCAUCCACAACACGAAUGUUCAGGUCUUUUGAAACCAUGAGAAUAUUCAAUUCCCUAACUGUUCGCAUUAUGUCGCCUCCACCCUGAUAGUACGAGCAUGCUUGAACAUGUUUUUUUUGUUCUUAUCAACAAAGUGAUGUUGUUCUAAGGAAAGUAGUAUCUUCUCCAUGUGUGUCAUGUUUGUUAAAUUGUAUUUAUGCAUUCUUUUCUCCAUUUGUAGACUACAUUGUAGUUGGAAGUGACAGUGGUCGUAUUGUCAUCCUCGAAUAUCAUCCAUCAAAAAACAUGUUUGAGAAGAUCCAUCAGGAAACUUUUGGGAAGAGCGGCUGCAGACGCAUCGUCCCAGGCCAGUUCCUGGCUGUCGACCCAAAAGGCAGAGCUGUUAUGAUUGGUGAGAAAAGGAUGACUGCCUUCAAACGUCUCUUUCGGAUAUGAUAAGUUAACUGCAUUAUAUCCUUGAUAACUUGGCUUGUAGAUCCUUUUUGAUUCUGUAUCAACAGAACAAACAGUAAAAUUUAUGAAUUGGGUUUGGUCUUGAUCUUCUGAAUAAAUAUUCACUGAAACAGAUAUAACAGAUAUAACUUCACAUUCUAUUCAGCAUGGAAAAUCAAGCAAUCAAUAUUUUUGCUGUAAGAUAAGAUAAACCUUUAUUCAUCCCACAGUUGGGAAUUUGUAUGACACUCUCAAUAAAGAUGCUGAAUCUUCUUUUUAAAAUAUUUUUGGUGGGAGCUACAGUUCAAUUCAGAAGUCUUUACUUAAGUUCUGAGAAUGAAAGCUCUUAAAUUAAAGAAAAUGCCUGAGAAAUGUAGCUGUAUAUUGUAUGCUAAAAGUAAAAUUCUCACAGCACAGUCCUUGUUAUUUAGUAAGUUAGUUGGUAAUUGAAAUAACAUUUUGGAUGCCCUCCUUUGUCCCAUGUUUAGGAGCGAUAGAGAAACAGAAGCUGGUUUAUAUCCUGAACAGAGAUGCAGCUGCCAGGUUGACCAUCUCCUCUCCACUAGAGGCACACAAAGCAAACACACUCGUCUACCAUGUAGUUGGAGUUGAUGUCGGCUUUGAAAAUCCCAUGUUUGCCUGCCUUGAAAUGGACUAUGAGGUAGGGAAAUAUUGUGAUUCUCUGAUUACAGAAGGGUUGUAUUUGUUGAUGUGAUGAGUUUGUCAUGUCUCUUCUCUGACUGUCACUGGAGAAAGAUUGAACGUCUCUGAUCUCAGUUGUUUUUUAGACUGAUAUUUUAGUGUCAUUGUAAAAGUCUGACGCCAUGGACAUUCUGGUGAUGUCCCUUAGAUAAGUUGCCACCAUGCUUGCAUUGCAGUGUAAUUAUGACAUUUCUGACCCUGAUAUUCACUCUUCCCAGGAAGCUGACAAUGAUCCAACAGGAGAGGCUGCCGCGAACACACAACAGACACUCACCUUCUACGAGCUGGACCUGGGCUUGAAUCACGUGGUCCGCAAAUACAGUGAGGCUUUGGAGGAGCACGGAAAUUUCCUCAUCACUGGUAAGCACUAUGACACUGCAAGCUGCAGUCAACGGGAAUGAAACAACAAGCGCACGACUUAACAGCUAUUUUCAUAGUUACUGCAGCAGAAACUGGUGAUCACAUUCUGUAAAGAGGAGGGCGAUGUCGCUGUCAAAAUCAAAUCUCAUUAGUUUUGAUACAUCUGUCACUAUUUAGAAAUGAAUUUGGACCUGGGGUGUAGUUCUUAUUUCACAAAGAUUAUAUAGACAUGUCGAAGUGUUGUAGAUGGAUCCAUUGCUGAAGAUAGAUUUCACAUAUCUACUAUCAUCCCAAGUUUACCAUGGCAACAAAACAAAAGUGAAAAUAGACUAGAAAUCACAGCUCAUACAGCUGUCUUUCCUGCUGUGUCACUGUAGUCAAAAUUGUUUAGAAAAGAAACACAUAUCCUCUAUAACCCUCUUUCUAGUUCCUGGUGGAUCAGAUGGGCCCAGCGGUGUUUUAAUCUGCUCUGAAAACUAUAUCACCUAUAAGAACUUUGGGGACCAGCCUGACAUUCGUUGUCCCAUCCCACGACGCAGGGUGAGUACUUGAUUGGGUGAUAAAUAAAUGAAACAAUAUGGCUCGAUAACGGAUAAGAUUAGUCAUUUGCCUGGUUUAUCUGAUCAUAUACAGAAUGACCUGGAUGACCCGGAGCGUGGCAUGAUAUUUGUCUGCUCAGCCACACACAAGACCAAGUCCAUGUUCUUCUUCCUGGCUCAGACUGAGCAGGGAGAUAUCUUUAAGGUCACCUUAGAAACAGAUGAAGAAAUGGUGAGUUGGGAGUACUGCUCUCUUUUCUUCUCUUACAAAGACAAUCACAUUAAUAGUUAAACAAGACCUAUCAGAACCUAUUUUCUGCUUGCUAAACCUAAGAUUUGAAUUGCAGCUAAUAUGAAGCAAAUGGAAAAUAAAUGAAUUAAUCAGUUAAAUGUGGCCAGUGGGCAAAUUUUUGUGGAGUGAAUGUUUUAAAGAUGUCAGAGUUCUUUUUCAGGUCACAGAAAUUAGACUGAAGUACUUUGACACGAUCCCAGUCGCAACAGCCAUGUGUGUCCUGAAGACUGGCUUUCUCUUUGUUUCUUCAGAGUUUGGAAACCAGUAAGUCUUUUGUCAGCAUGAAUUCACUUUUUCCCCUCUCAGGGUUAAUUAAUUUUGAUGCACUCUGACUGAAGCUUUUUCUAAUUUAACUUUUGGACUUCAAUGUCCCCACAUUAAUAUGAGGAUGUUUGCUUAUUGAUGGGAUUACUUUUCUUUUAUCUUUUGAAUUACCAAGUUUAAGUGGCUCUUUUUUAGAUGGCAGCUGUGGUUAGAGACAUGUUUUUUGUGUUGUUUUUUCCCAUCCUGUUCUUUUAGCCUGACCUCACUAUUCUCAUGAAUCUGAUGUGUUAGAAAUGCUCUGAGAAAAGUAUUUCAGAUUUGCCCCGGAGUUUCCGAUAACAAGAAAAGGUUAGGUUUUAAAAGAUAAAUGUCGCUGUAACCUCUUCACAAAUCUCUUGGGAUAUUAAUCAAGACUUAAUUCUCUAGGCGUGACGUGUUUUUGCAGUGAUGCUCCAGUUAACAAGUUGAUAUAAUUUUGUUUUUACCAAAUUGCUCAGGGGUCAACGAACAUGAGGGAAGCAAAUUAUUUAAAAAAAAAAACUGUCAAUGUAAUGGUUUCUAGGGCUAUUUUAGUAAUUGAGUGUUAUACCAAAUAUUCCAUGGAGUAAUCAGAUAAAACGUAAUUUUUUUUUAGUUGAAGUGCAAUUAUUAAUAUACAAGAGAAAAUAAGACAUUUAACUUAAUGAACAAUUGAUUGUUUCCCUUUUUUAGAAACAAAGAACGCAGAACAAGUGUGUGUGGUAGCCAGUUGCAAUGCUCAUAAUAAAGCUAAUUACGAUAUUAGCUUUCAUCGCGUCCCUGAAGACAUUAAUGUCCAAGAGCUGAAUAGUUCUUAUCUUAUCUGCUACUUCUGGCUUCUACUACACUGGCAAUGUUAGGCUGCUAGCUAGCGUGAAGAGGAGAAGCGUGGUCUCCACCCACGACUCAGAGGCGAAUUGCUAAACUGAACUACUGGAGCUCUGCAGAAGAAAAGCUCCUCUCAUCAUUCAUUUUUUUCUGCUCAGCAAAACCAAAACUGCACUUAGUCCUCCUUCUACUGUGGUGACGUAAGCGUGUUGUGUCCCCUUGAGAAUAAUCCGUGCAAAUGAUUGAAGUAACGAGUACUCGUGGCAGAGAAAAUUCCUCGAUCAUUUUUUGUAAUCCAGGUACUCGAGGAAUCGUUUCAGCCCUAAUGGUCUCCAGUACACGACCAAUACUCACUACAACUUCAGUAGUCACUCUUAGGAGCACUCAUGGCAUUUUCAGUUAUUGUCAACAAUAACUGAAAAUGCUGAGCCCUUCAGAAAAGUAGAAUUUAUGGUCGAACUGCUGUAUUGGGUUGUAGGCCUGCACGAUAUAUCGUUUGAGCAUCAUCAUCGCGAUGUAUGUGUGCGCAAUAGUCACAUUGCAGAGCCUGCGAUGUCGGAGGUGAAUGAACUCUGUUAAUUUCAAGGGUAACUGACUGAGAUACACUCCAUGUGACUCUACAUGUGCUGUGCAGCGAUCCACCAAUCACCUUCGUCCUUUACUCAGCUGCCAAUCAGACUCAGUUCUUAGUUGCCAAUCAGACUACCCUGCCAGCUGUCAAUCAAAAUCAGAGAGGAGGAAACCCACCCCUGCACAUGUUCUGCACAUGGAGUAAGUCGCUGGCUACCUGAGUUGUGCCGAGAAACGCUUGUCAGCUGAGAAUUACUUUCAGAACAUUACUCAUGACUGUUUAGCUCAACAAAUUAGAACUGUAUGGGUUUUAAAUUGUACAUUUCCGUGGACCAUUCUACUAUAAGCAGUGUGCGUUUUGUGAGGUGCAUGCAAUUCUCGGAGGACACACGUUUCUCAGCACAACCCGUUAACAACAACAACAACAACGAUCGCAAACUGAGCAACACACAGAGAAAACCACAGAAGAUGAUGACUUGUUGCCAAAAAGAAAAGGAAAGUCAGUUAUCUGGAAUUAUUUCGGUUAAAGAAGGAUGAUGUCGACCAAAACACGUGUUCUGUGUUCAUCUGUCGCCACAAUAACGUCCCAGCACAAUAAAAGCUAAAAGUAUCUCUGAGACAGACAGAAGCCGUUCUACUAACAUUCACAAAAAGAGGUGAGAUCAGAGCAGGUUAACUGUCCUCAAGAUUUCAGCAGUGCAGCAUAACAUAAAGUGCUAUUCAGGUCAUCUGGUGAAAAUUCCUCUAUUUUUUAAUAUCGCAAUACAUGUCACAGGUUCUAAAAAAAUCGCAAUGUUAGUUUUUUCCAAUAUCGUGCAGCCUUAUUGGGUUGCAUGACUUGCUGAAACUGUGUUCAUAAACUUAUGGCUUGCCUGAGUAUUCAUCCACCUGAACAAGGCCGUGUAGUGCAAAUAUGCCGAGAAUCUCCCCCUCGCUCUGUUUUGUUGUAAGAAGGUCUGACUAGUUUUUUUUAAAUAUUGUGGUCUCUGCUUCAUUUAGGCCACCUUGCUGGAUGUCAGUUUUUUUGUUCCUGGGCAAAUUUGAACUACUUCACAGGCCCAGUUUGAUGGAAGGUAAUGAGUGAAGUUUCUCUAACCUUUCACUGUUCCCCUCUUUUCCUUCUAGUUACCUGUAUCAGAUCGCUCACUUGGGUGACGACGAUGAAGAGCCUGAGUUCUCCUCUGCUAUGCCUCUUGAGGAAGGAGACACCUUCUUCUUCCAGCCUCGUCCCCUCAAGAACCUGGUGCUGGUAGAUGAACAGGAGAACCUGUCACCCAUCAUGUCAUGCCAGGUCAGUAUAAAGUAGCCAAGUUUUUUGUCCAUUUGUUGCUUUUAAUGAAGUUCUUCAUAUGAAUCGAAGUUUAUAAAUAAAUGAUGUAAGAUAACGUAUUGACUCUUCUUUCUGUGCUUUGAAUAGAUUGCUGAUUUGGCAAAUGAAGACACACCUCAGUUGUAUGUUGCCUGUGGACGAGGGCCCAGGUCUACUCUGAGGGUCCUUAGACAUGGACUGGAGGUAUGAAAACACUGGCCUCAAUAACUUGAGGCAUGCUUAUGAAGCAGGGACAUGCGCGCACACACACCCACGUUACGUUGUUGAAUCUGGUUCUUUACUGUAUUCCAGAAAUAUGUGUGAAGGUUAAUGUUAAUAGUCACAUUUUUUUUCUUUCUUUGCUCUCCUCCUCCUCCAUCAGGUGUCAGAGAUGGCUGUGUCUGAGCUGCCCGGUAACCCCAACGCUGUGUGGACAGUACGCAGACACGUGGAAGGUAAAACACUUGUUUUUUCCCCACACACAAAAUUUAUUAUCUCAAUUUAUAGUUAGCUAACUUGAAAAGGCAGUAGAAAAUACUAUUCAUGGCCGUGAAGUUCUUCAAAAAGCUGUUGAAACAACAAGAAUCCACCAGGAACGGAUUUCUUGAAGUGAUAUAUUGACAAGUCUUUCAACAUCAAAUAAAAACCAUUAGAUUCUGUCACUUUUGAGAGUUCAGUCUGUGCUUGGCAAUUUUCCUAGCUGUGGACUGACACGUCCCACCAAAUCUUAUUUGAUAGUAAACAGUGUCCUGUUGUUCUCUGCUGGUUUGUUUCAGUCUCUUUUUCCGUGCAGUUUUGCACACAAAGAAACAAGCAGACAUGAAAUAAGGAUCUGAGUGUUCCGUUUUUGUUUCUUAAUGAAGUCAUGGGUUCUUGGACACCAAAUAUAUAUUGAGUAAGAGAAUAAAUGAAAGAUGUGCCUGUGUUAAAGAUUUUGAAAUCUUGGUUAUCUGGCUUAUCUGCCACAAGGAUAUUUUUCUGAAUGUCAAUCAACAUCCUCAUAUGAAAAAUAUUAAUGCAUCUAAAUCACACUCUGACGUUGGUUAUAGUUACCUUAACAUCACAUCAGUGUGUUAUUGUCUCUGUUUUGUUUGUCUUUGCAGUCUUGUUCUGGAUCUUAAACCUUCUUUACAUUCGGCCUCAGCUCAGCUCUGUCAGCAUCAGUUUUCCAAUCUGUACUGUAAUUUUUUUGUUGUUUCCUUCUUCAUCAGACGAGUUUGAUGCCUACAUCAUUGUGUCUUUCGUGAACGCCACUCUGGUUCUGUCCAUCGGAGAGACUGUGGAGGAAGUGACGGAUUCUGGAUUUCUGGGAACCACCCCUACCCUGUCUUGCUCACUGCUGGGUGAAGACGCUCUGGUGCAGGUAGGUGCAAUGUGAAACAUCCUCUUCUUUAUACCUCCAAUGAUUCUGAAACCAACCACAAGGCAGCCUUACAGGAGUCAUUUGAGAAAAAGAAAUCAACCCAAAUAUUUACAGCUAGCUUGAGUUUAAAACUUCCCUAAAGUUUUCAGACAUUGCUCAACUUAAUGUAAAUUCUUUGUUGAUUGUAAAUCAAAUCAAAUCAAAAUCAGAUUUUAUUUAUAUAGCGCCAAUUCACAACAGGGGAUGAGUAAGGAGAGGGAGAACGAGGGUGAGAGAGAGACAGGGAACAACAACAACAACAGCUCAUGUAAUGGUGAAACAAAAAGAGUUCCGUUUACAGGGUUAGGAUAUGAGUGAUUAUGGACUAUGUUAAAUUAUUUAAAUGCGAUUACAGUCAGCAGGCCUAAUAGUAGUCAACUCUAGUUUUAUGUUAUUAAUGUGAGUGAGGCUGAUGUUCAUGUCUGCAGCAACAGUCCAGAGGAACCCAAGAGAAGAAGGAGCUCAGGGCCUGAGGUGGACAAUCAUAGACGAUGCGGCUAGAGUCAGGCAGGUCUGCAGCAGACCAUCUGCAGUAUUAGUCCAGUGGAAGCUAAGAGACUUAGAAACACUCAGAGAGAGAUAAAUCGGGUUAGUGACUUAUAUGGGACAUAAAGAUCUAAAGGAGAGAUAGAGACAGACUCUAGCUCAGUGUGCCAGAUAGCCCCGGCAGUCUAGGCCUAUAGCAGCAUAACUAAGAGCUGGUUCAAAUCAGCCCUGACUAUAAGCUUUAUCAAAGAGGAAUGUUUUAAGUCUACUCUUGAAAGUUGAGAGGGUGUCUGCCCCUUGAACCUCGAGCGGUAAAUGAUUCCAGAGGAGAGGUGCCUGAUAGCUGAAAGCUCUUCCUCCAAUACUACUUUCAGAGACAUUUGGUACAACGAGCAGGCCUGCAGACUGUGAGCGUAACGGUCUAGAAGGAAAGUACGGUGUAACAAGCUCGUUGAGAUAUGAUGGAGCCUGGCCGUUAAGCGCUUUAUAUGUCAUAAGGAGGAUUUUAAACUCAAUUCUAGAUUUAAUAGGGAGCCAGUGAAGAGAGGCUAAGACAGGAGAGAUGUGCUCCCUUCUUCUGGUUCUAGUCAAUACCGGAGCUGCUGCAUUUUGGACCAGCUGAAGAGUCCUUAAUGACUUAUUGGAGCAGCCUGAUAAGAGAGAAUUACAGUAAUCCAGCCGAGAGGUAACAAAGGCAUGGACUAGUUUUUCUGCAUCGCUCUGAGACAGGAUGGGUCUAAUUUUUGAGAUAUUGCGCAGGUGGAAAAAAGCUAUCCUAGAGGUUUGUUGAAUGUGGGAGCUGAAGGACAAAUCCUGAUCAAAUGAAAUUCCCAGAUUUCGCACAGUGGGGCUGGAUGCCAGACUGAUGCCAUCUAGCGUAGCUAUGUUUUUAGAGAAAGGUGUUUACGACAGAGGACAAGAACUUCAGUUUUGUCUGAGUUGAGCAUCAGAAAGUUAUUGGUCAUCCAGGAUUUUAUAUCUUUGAGACAAGCUUCUAAUUUUUUAACCUGGUUUGUUUCACAUUGUAACACAAAGUACUGCAAAAUCUUACCUAUACUGGUUCCUCUGUUUUCUAAAGGUAUGCAGGUGGUUGUGUUUGCAUGAGAAAAUGUGAAAUUAAGGUGAAAUCUGCCCCCGAAAACCCAGUAUUUAUUUGUGCUCAUGCCUCUUUCUCCAUACAGGUGUAUCCUGAUGGUAUUCGUCACAUCCGCGCUGACAAACGUGUGAACGAGUGGAAGACUCCAGGCAAAAAAACCAUUGUCCGCUGUGCUGUGAACCAAAGGCAGGUCGUGAUCGCACUCACUGGGGGAGAGCUGGUCUACUUUGAGAUGGACCCGGUAGGAGUUUGUUUGUGUUUGUUUGUGUUUAUUGAACUAGCUGUACUUGUUCUAUGAUGUACUUCCACAAAAAUCUUGAAUCAAGGUCUCUGGACAUGGUCUGCGAGAAACAAACAUGAGCUUCUGCGUCUGUUUUACAGAUGGACUUUGAGUAACAGUCCUAGAAGUGAGAAAAAAGACAAACUAAAUCAAGCUUAGAGACCAGGAUAGAUGCAGAAAAGAUGGGAUGUGAUCUGUGUAGUUAAACUGUCUCUUUCACUUUUCUCAUUUUAGUCUGGCCAGCUGAAUGAGUACACUGAGCGUAAGGAGAUGUCUGCAGACGUAGUUUGUAUGAGCCUGGCUAAUGUUCCACCCGGUGAGCAGCGUUCACGAUUCCUUGCUGUGGGACUGGUCGACAACACUGUCAGGAUCAUCUCCCUGGACCCUUCGGUAUGAACAAAAAAGCCCCAACACUUAAACCAACCAGUUUGGUUUGUUCCUUUGCAACGGGUGUAGUCAGUAUCUGGUCCAGAACUAUCACCAAAAUAAUUUCAGUUACUGAUGUCAAUCAUCUCAUGCCAAAAAGGUUGUGUUUUAUUCUGGAGUUGAAACAAAAUAACAACCUUGUUCAUCAACCUAAUAGUUACACCCAGUCCUAGGAGGAGGCUUUAUGCAACAUUACUCACUGCUGUCCAAAAAAUCACAGAUGCCUCAUGAAAGCAGAGUAUCUCCCUUUUAAAGUGUUUUUAUUCUCUUAUGAGAGUUUAUUCAGGAUUAUACAACAUCAAAAGAUAAUAAUAAAGAAAAGACAUGAGCCCAUUAACUCUAAGAAAUGACUUAAGCUGCUGAUCUGAUCAUUGUGCUCAUUGUUGUCAACUUCACACAGUUAAAGUACCUUUGGAGUAUGCUCAGCUUAGCAGUAUCUAGUAGUAAAAGUGAGUUUUGUGUGAACUUUCAGUAUAGCAUAGUUGUGUGUUUUCUAAAGAAGAGUCAACAGAACAGCAUCAACACAAGUGGGAAUAAUUUCCUGUAUUAGUUCUUGAUUGUUUUUUUGGAGAAUUCCUGGUGACAGAAACAUUUAACUGUUGACAUCACUCAGAGUGUGCCUUCCAAAACUUUUAGCAGCCUUUUAAUCAGCGCAGCAAAACAGCGUUUGAAGCCUGUAUCAGACAUGUGAUUGAGCUGAAAAAGCACUCUGCGUCUUUCAUGUGUCAUCUAAGUAUUAGAAGAGAUGAAAGAGACUUGAUCAGACGUUUUAUGUUGGCAAACUUCUGUGUGCGUAUGCAACACUAAUGUGCUGAUUUUGACCACCUUUAGGACUGUCUACAGCCACUGAGUAUGCAGGCCCUUCCAGCACAACCUGAGAGUCUUUGUAUUGUUGAGAUGGGUGGGGUAGAGAAACAGGAUGAGCUCGGAGAAAAGGGAACCAUCGGAUUCCUCUACCUUAACAUCGGGCUUCAGGUAUUCCAUCUUACCUUUCAAACUGAUCUCACAAUCCUUGCUUUCAAUCAUGCCUUGGCAAAAGUGCAUGCAGGAGAAAUAUGCAGCAGUUUUCAACAAUCAUGAGAACAGUCAUUGAAUCUUUAGUAUCAUGCACUGAAAUAUGUAUGCUUGAUCUUUUCUUUUCUCAGAACGGCGUGCUGCUGAGGACUGUGCUAGACCCUGUGACAGGUGAUCUGUCAGAUACCAGAACGCGCUACCUGGGUUCACGACCUGUCAAACUCUUCAGAGUCAGGAUGCAGGGACAGGAAGCUGUAGGUGUCUCAAACAUGUGAAUACAAUCAGUAAACAUGAGAAAAUGACAUGUUAUAAAGAUGUCUCAAAACCGAUCAUAUCGAAUUCCUUUUCCUCUGAUCAUCCACCUCUUGUUGCUUUGCAUUUUAGUCAUUUUAUAGAAGAAAGUGCAUGUGAGGAUAUCAAAGUUCCAUGUCGCUCUUUUUACCCUGACAGGUGCUGGCGAUGUCCAGUCGUUCCUGGCUCAGCUACUCAUACCAGUCUCGCUUCCAUCUCACCCCCCUGUCAUAUGAAACUCUGGAGUACGCCUCUGGUUUUGCAUCUGAGCAAUGCCCUGAAGGCAUAGUGGCCAUUUCCACCAACACACUGAGGUAUGGAUAUACACUGCCUAUAAAACGUAUUCACUCCCCUUGGGUGCUUUCUCCUUUUAUAAAUGAAAUCAUGGCCAACACAAUUUGGCGUUUUAGACCAAAAAGAAAAAAAGAAAAACUCCUUAAUGUCAAACUGAAAACAUAUUUUUACAAAGUAAUGUCGAUAAAUUAAAACUAAUCACGUAAAAAACAAAAAUAUUCACCCCCUUCAAAUUGAUAUUUAGUAGAUGCAUCUUUGGCUGCAAUCACAGCAUUGAGUCUAUGUGGAUACAUGCCAAUCAGGCUUGCACAUCUAGACACAGGAAUUUUCUUCAUUUUUCCUUGCAAAGCUGCUCAAGCUCUGUUAGGUUGCUCAUGGAUCGGGCAUGAACAGCUCUUUUCAAGUCCUGCCACAAAUUCUCGAUCAGACUGAGGUCUGUGCUUUGACUCGGCCACUCCAGAACAUUCACAUGGUGAUCUUCCAACCAUUUUUGUGUAGCUUUUGCUGUAUGUUUUGGGUCGUUGUCUUGUUGGAAAAUGUAUCUUCUCCCGGGAUGGAGCUCUCUUGUAGACAGACUCAGGCUGUCCUCUAGGAUUUGGCAAUAUGAUGCUGCAUUCAUGUUCCCCUCUACCUUAACAAGCCUUCCAGGGCCUGCUGCUGAGAAGCAUCCCCACAGCAUGAUGCUGCCACCACCAUGCUUCACGGUGGGGAUGGUGUGUUUAUGGUGGUGUGCAGUGAUUGGUUUUCGCCAAACAUACCGUCUAGUCCUCGUAAAAACCCUGAAAAAAAUAAUCACAUAUUAAAUUGCAAUCACAAUAUUGAGGAAAGAGAUCCCAAGUAGAUUGUUUUCCAAAAUCGUUCAGCCCUAUUUCUAACUUGUGAAUUUGAUCAUUUUGAAAGAGGGAAGAAAAAUCUGGGAUCAUGCAUUACUUUACAUAUACGUUCCCAGUGUUUGAUGACUGAAGUUGAAGCUUACUUUGUUAGUCCUUUCAUGUUUCUUAUUAAAAGCCAUACCAGAAAUAACAAGCACCCAAGAAUGGCAACUCCUGACUUUCUGUAAUGGUAAAGCAAGGGUUCUACAACAUGUACAAGUUGAUUACUUUUUCAGCUCUGUGACAAAUAUGCUGUUGUGAGCAGGGCAGUGAAGCCAGCUGAAGUUCAAGCUUUCAGACUUUAUUAGUAGAAAUUUAGAAAAAAAGGGGGUAAAUAAAAGCCAAGUAUGUAAUGAUUUCAUCUUAGCCCCUUAACAAUUUACAAACACAUUGAUUGAACAGAAAACUUGGGUAAAUUUGCAGCUACAAUGGAGGCAUUCAUACAUCAUCAGAGCUCUUCUAUACCCAUCAGAUUCAAGGUUCUCCUUCUGCUUACCGUUUUUAUCUGUUUAACAGGAUCUUGGCUUUGGAGAAGUUAGGAGCCGUCUUCAACCAGGUGGCCUUUCCUCUGCAGUACACACCUAGGAAAUUUGUCAUCCACCCAGAGACCAACAACCUCAUUCUGAUUGAGACUGACCACAAUGCCUACACCGAGGCAACCAAAGCCCAAAGGAAGCAACAGAUGGCUGAGGUAUAAUUCAUACUACUGAUGAUUUAUAUUGUGUUUUUUUCAAGGUUCUCAAAGACACUAUGCAGAAUCACAAGCAUAAAAGCACGCAAUAAAAAAAUAAGCUGCACAUUAAUGCAAUGAUGAAGAAUUGAUCUCUCUGACUGAAUAAAGAUCUGCUUUUUACAUGUUGUCAUUAGCGUAAGAAAGGGGGUCAGUGUGAGGUCCUCCAGCUGACCCGCUUUGCUCUUUGUGUCUUUGUCUGCUGCAGGAGAUGGUAGAGGCUGCUGGUGAGGAUGAAAGAGAGUUAGCUGCUGAGAUGGCAGCUGCUUUCCUCAAUGAAAAUCUCCCAGAAGCCAUUUUUGGUGCACCUAAAGCCGGAGCAGGACAGUGGGCCUCACUGGUGCGUCUGGUCAACCCCAUACAGGGUUCGACCCUGGACCAGGUACAGCUGGAACAGAACGAAGCUGCAUUCAGGUGAGCGAGAUCAUGCAACAUCAUCUAUGCCAUCAUGCAGAAAGAAAAAAUAAAAACGGAUUAUUUUACCGAUUAACGGCAAAAGCAAAGGUUACUCAUCAAAUUAUUACAUGAGGCAGUGCUGAAGUUUGUAGAGUAUAAUAAAGAGAUUCCCCACCAAAAGAAGGUUCUUAUUUGAAUCUGAUUUUGAAAAAGAAAAUAUCUGAUUAUGAAAGUGGUUUAUUGGGGUACACCACAGACCUGCCAGAUUUAUAAAGAUUGACGCUUUUUUGUGAUUUUGAGUGAGAUUUAAGAAGCAUAAAAUGUGGUAUUGUAGAGAAAGCACAGGCUACAGGUGAUAAUGGUUAAACUGCCUUCAUCUACUUGCCCUUUUCUUAAUCUCAGCUAUUGGAAUCGGAUUGGAGUUGAUCCUUGCAGUGUUUGCAGCAAGAUCAGUUCAGUGAGUUUGUUGCAGUCGAGCUGUGGCAAUACCACUGAUUUGAUUAGACAUCAGGUAACCAAACAUGCAAAGCUACAGAGAAAAAGGCUGCUUCAUUGAAGCAACCAACCAGUUUAGGACAUGAAAACCCUCAAGAGAGCAAAAAAGGGACCCGAGUGAAGAUGUUCCCCAUACAGAAAAGGGGAUUGAGAUCAAGGCCAAAAACCUCAUCAGGGUGUCCUUGUUGACAUACCAGCUGGAAUGGCUGCUCCUGCUCCUUCCAUUCAUUGUGUCCUCCAGCUAGUGAAUCCUCCUAAGCUCAGAGCGGAUGAUGUGAUGUAAGAGUGAAUGGGACUAUUUUUUCCAUCUUUUCCACUCUUCUGAUUGAGUGAUUGUUUCUUGUCUGGGACAAUAAGGGAUUAUAUUGAUGAGACUAGAUUCAUUAACAGGAAGGAAAAGAGGACACUACAGCAUGAGUGAAGAUUCAGAAUGAUAAACAGGCAUACUCAAAUAACUUUGGCUUAGGAUAAGGAUUCAGACAACAUGCUGUCUAACUUUGGAUUUCAAGUGGUGAGCGGCUGUGGUGGGGUCAGCUGAGGUAAGGGAGUCCAGAAUCUGACCCUCAACUGUUUCCUGUUUAUUAUGCCUUCCUCAAUGAUUUCAGUCAGCCUCAAACUUCCCAGAACCUUCAGCAUUCUUGCCGAGCUGUUUCCAAAGUUGGCAAGUACUAUAGUGAAAUAUCGGGGGGUUUUCAAAAGCACGAAGGAUCGAUUGUGUUUGUGUUCGCCGUGUGUGCAGCGGCAUAAUUUGGGAGAGAAAACAACUCUGAUGGUGAUUUCAUAACAAAAAGCAUUUUUAACAGACAUGAGAAAACAUUUGUGGAUCUGCUCUAACAGGAUUUUUGCACAGACAAUAAGCUCAGUGACACUGUGUAAUUAAUUGCGUUAAUUCUCUUGAUCCUGUUAGCUUUCAUGUAGGUGUUUAUACUCAUUAUAAUUUAAUUUUUAUUUAACCAAAAUACUUAAUCUCUGGUCAACAAAACAAGAAACAUUUUUGACUUUCCUUCAUAACUAAAUUAUUGUAGAUGAAAGUAAGAAAGAUUUAAUAUUGGAAAUGAUACCCAACCCUAACUUUGUGCAAGUCUAAUCCAAUGUAAGGAUUAAAAGGCAUCACUGUUAAAACACAACUCAAAAGGUUUUUCAACUAUGAGAGGUAACUUGCAUUGUGUUCUUUUUUUUGUUUUUUUGUUUCCCAUGCAGCCUUAAAUAUGUGAUGUUCACUUGUACCACUUUUCAGGACAAAGAUGGUUCUAGUUAUAUGACUGUGACUGACAUCUUUAUCCACUAAGGCAAAUGAAGUCAAUGUUUGAAAAGUGUUUGCCAGAAAAGAGCUUCUGAUUCACUUCCUUUCUCUGCUUUUUCUGUGUUUGAUAUUUUUCAGUGUUGCAGUAUGUCGAUUCACCAACACCGGUGAUGACUGGUAUGUCUUAGUGGGUGUUGCCAGAGACAUGAUUCUCAACCCUAGAUCAGUUGGAGGUGGUUUCAUCUACACGUAUCGCCUUGUUGGUGGAGGAGAGAAGCUGGAGUUUGUGCACAAGGUAAGUUAGUUUGUCACUCUACAAAAGCUCAGGGAUUAAAGUUGUCCGUCUCUAGAGUUGGAAAAGGGGGGGAAAAGUUGCACGUACAUUUGUUAUGAUUCAGUUUUGACUAUCCAAUCAAAUCAUGACGCUGUUGUAAAUCAAUAAAGCCAGCCAGAGCUUUUGGUAUUAGCCAAUCAGAAACAGAGGAGGGCUGGUUCACCACUGCCCCCCAGGGAAGGAUCUGAAGUAACUUGUCAGACCUCUGCCGGCAACAUCAUCGCCACUUCUGACGUGGGCUCCAGCAUCAUGAUCAGAAGCCCGCCGGAGGUUCUCUCAGCCAUUCUGCUCCGUUGUUUAAAACAAAAAAAUGAAGGGGUCCACUGGUAUUCAUUCAACUCGCUGCCCACUUUCCCACGGCGCAGUCGCCAUAGCAACAGCUGCCACCGACAUGCGACAACAACAAUAAAUAAAACGCUCAAAAUCCCCUUAAUCCUAUACAAUGCUAUUGGUCUUGAAUAAUUAAAUAUUGUAGGUUAAAGUUUUCUUACAACCUUAAAGCUGUAUUAGACAAACUGAAGAGCUAAUAGGUUAAAGCAUUUAACCUUUUAUUCGAAAGAUUUGGGAAAUGAUUAAACGGUAGAAAAGGUGCCAUUCUCAGAAUUUGGUGUAAAAUUUCAGUCAAAAAUAUAUAUAUUUUUUUCUAAUCCCUGCAAAAUCUGAACAUGAGAUAUUUCACCUGUAAUGAAAGACACAAAUGUUAACACUGAUGUCUAGGCAGAACCUUAAAAAAAACAAACCUCAAUUUAGAAGAUUAACUAUGUCUGAGAAAUUGUUUUGAGUGUCCGUUGGCUCCUCAAGUGAGUAAAAUUCUGACAAAACAGUUUCCUGCGGACAGAGCUAAAGAGCCUGUAUUCACAUUGAAUCUAGUGAAUUAUCACACUAAGAAAUCUGAGGGUUUAAAGAUGACAAUUUGAAGUUUUUGGUUUUGUAAAACUUGAUAUGCACAUACAGGACAGGAUGAACAUGGACUUGAAAUGUAACACUUUGCCCUCUAACUAAAUGCAAAAUAAAAUAAGAACACUUAAAAAAUUGAUCCGAUUGGGAAAAAAAAGGUUCAAUUUUUUCUUACACUAUCUUUCUUGUGUAGCCGAAACAAAGAGAAAAGUAUACAUUUACUCGAUGCACAAAAUCAUAGUGGCUGUCCUUCAGAGUCAUGACAAUAGAGCUUGUACACAUACAGGUCUGAGCCACUGCUGCUAUGACUUACCUUACCAAUAGGUGGUGUACAUUAACAAAGAACUGCAGGUAAGAGACUUUGAUCCAGCAGCUGGGUGAUUAUGGCUCAGUCUAGCUUCAAAAGUUAGGACAUCUGUCUGAGAUUUAAGAUUGAUUGUGCCAAGGAUUGCACUGUGUGAGGUAGCCAAACUGAAACCACACUUGGAUUAUAAUGAGCAAACUCAAUUCUUUACACAUGGUGUAUGGCACGAUUCUUACACAUAGGGCAGGAGGUGUUAUAUUAUUAAGAUGUGUAUCAGUGGGUCAUGAAUUGAGACAGAUGCUAAGAUACAGAUAACACAUUAGCGUGUGAGCGAGAGAGAGAAAGGUCUUCAAGAGGUAGCAGGCUGAACAGCCACAAUUAUCCCUUGAUGACACACAACACAGAUGUUACUGAUCCUGGCAGGCACAGUGGCCAGGUCCAAAACCUAAAGCAGGAUGUAGGCCGUCUUUGAAUCAGCCCACAUUCAUCUUUUACCUGAUGUGGAUUUACAAGGGAAGUGAGUCAUAAUUGUUUAAUUUUAGCGUGGUCAUUCACUUCUUCUCACAUUAGAGGAAAUUCCCAACCACUUUACCAGACAAGACAUUUCAGAUGAGUGUAUCCCUGUAAAGUGAUGCCCAUCUGCACAGGCAUUCACUCACACACACACUCACACAGGCGUCAUGAAAAUGUAUAAUAUCAGAAAAAUCACCCUCACGAUCCACAGUAUAAUGUGUGCAGUGGGUAUGGGUAAACAACAUAAUUUUGUCGUGUUACCCUUCAUAAGACACUCUGAAAUAUCACUCAGAGUCUAUAGUAUUGCAUUCACUUUUGACUCAUGAAGUAUUUGCUUUCAAAGAAUAGUCAGUUCACAAAAAUGACCAAUCCUGAGCAAUUAAUCCACAUGAAACUAAAUAUUAAAUCACUUUUUGUAUCAAACUGAAGGCUUCGGUUUCCUGUGAGAGGCCAGCAAAAAUACUCCAUCAUCUAGAAAACUCUAGAAAACAACGUAAACCUUACCUCAAAUUCUCUUUGGUCAUGUUUCACCACCAGUCCCAUCUUUUUUUAUUCAAGAGUACCUUGGUGUCUUGAGUGAACCAAGGUUGGUUGGUAGGGGGGCAUGGUCUUGAGUAAAACGUUGAAAGUAGCCCAGCCAUCAAUGUACAGAUAUGAUUGAUACUUUUUGGUAGUUAAGGCUGCCUCUGCUGCAGUCUAAUCUGUAUGUAAAAGAUGGAAUGAGAUAUGUUCAAACAAAUAAAUCCCAAUGUCAUUCCAGCAUACAAUAGUAAAAUUAUGCUGAACAAAGGUUACCAACUCGUUUCUUUGUACAAACAUUCAUAAGAACCUCAAGCUGCUGUCUGAUUAUCUAAUUCAUCACUCAAGGUCAAAGGUCAAACUUCAAAGUCUUAUUCUCCAAGGGGUCCCAAGAGGAAGGAGCAACGUAAGAGGUCAAAACAUCUGCCCAUCAUCUCAGGUCUGACACCAUCAGAAACGCAGAGGAGCCCAUGAUUUACUGUGGACAUACGUUUCUUUUUGUGUGACAGUUCUGAAGUAAUCGACCGGCAUUUCAGCUUAAACAUGAAUCAAAGCACUGAGGGGCCCGUUUGAAGGCUGCAGACAAAGAAUCUUCUGACUCGAAUGUCAGUCUGUGCUCACUUGCCAAACCGCAACCCUAUUGAACAACUCGGCAACGUUUAAGAUGAGGCCGAACAUACUGUAACAAUCUAUGAGAGGCUGUGGGUCUUCAAGGCAAGUUCACAGACAUCUGAAUCGUGACUAUUCUUGUUUGAAAAGUAAAAGUGAGUAAAGCAUAAAUCAGCGCUCUGUAUUGAUAUGAAAGACUCCUGACUUGUGACCUCUCUAAUCUGGUUAGAAAAUAUCAUUUUUCAAAAGGAUUAGGAGGUCCAUAAUUCCUGAGGUCUUACUUGGAAAGCCGUUAUCUGCAAUAACUUAAAGUCUGGCGCUUCACUUGAGUCAUGAUAUCCGUUAUUAUUUAUGUUUAAUAUGUUUUUUAUGUGAGCAAAUUUCAUGGAACUGAUUCUAAGUUUAUCAUUGUUGCCCUUCAGGUUUUAAUUUCUUUUGCAGGAAGGGAAAAAUACUGGAAAUGAACAGAUUUAAUUUCAUCAUCAUGGCUUCCUGUCACAAGAUGCUGUAAAUAGAUUUGGUCAUCUAUUUAAAUGCCAUGUUAGGACAUGGUUGUCCUUUGUCAGCAGGUACAUGGUGCUAAUAAAAGUAACAUGGGACAAACACACACCAUCACGGGUCUUCAGUAACAUUUCUGAUCCAAAGGGAUUUGGAACUAGUAAGAAAAAGGGUGGCCUGUUACUGCAUUUCUGUACUAAUACCAUCACUACGCCGUUGUGUUUACGCAUUGCACCCCAAAGUAGCGUGGUAAUGGUGCCUCCCAGCAUGUGAAUUUACAUCCCAUUCUGUUCUUUUACAGAACUGAGACUCUAUAAGCUCAACCAUGAUUGUUUUGUUUUCAAGUUUUGACUAAUGCUGAAUCAGGUAUUUCAUGGACCCGGUUAUCGAUCCUCAUCCCUAGGCAGAACAACUUGCCCCCCCAGUUAUGCCAUUGGGCAUUACAUAGUGCAGCCGAGAAGCAGCAUGGGCUUAGAUAUCUGGCCUUGAAUUGGCAGGAAGUGCUUUGUGUUUGAUGACGCACUGGCUCCUUUAGAAAAAUAAAGUCAGAAACAGGCUGUAUCUAAAACCAGAUAAGAUGAAACCUAAAAAACAUGUCAUUGUGUUUUGAUUUGCAGACCCCUGUAGAGGAUGUGCCUUUAGCUAUUGCUCCAUUUCAAGGAAGAGUCCUGGUGGGGGUCGGCAAGCUGUUGAGAAUCUACGAUCUCGGCAAAAAGAAGCUACUUCGUAAAUGUGAAAACAAGGUAAGGCAAGGAUUUAAAGUAGGCACACGGUGUAAAAACCGAGUAAAGCUCUUGUUGAUAUGAUACUGAUGUUGAUAUUUUGUACCUUUUGAGAAAAUCCACCAUCAAAGAUGUUUUACUGUUUUUUGUAUGUUUGUUUGAAUAUUAAUUCAAAAGCUUGGAAAGGAAUUUUUCUGGGGUGUUGACCUUUAUUUUACACAUUUGGACUGUAAGUCUUUUUUGACAGCUUGCAGAUGUAUGUUCAGUUUUUCAAUACUUUUCAAUACCAUGCGCUUUGACGACGUGAUGCAAUAUUUUCAAGCUUCAGUCAGAAGUGAGAUUGGGAUUGGAACAUCUCUACUGCUUUCUAUCACCAAGAGCUUAACUCUUUGUCCCCAAAUUGCUCAAAGGUAGUGGAAAGCACAUUUACGUUUUCCCAUAAAAUCCUUCAAAUGUCCGGGGGUUUUGUAUGGAAGCCCAUUUUCUUCACUGAAUCAGGCUUCCACAGUUUUGAGUUUGUGUAGCAUGUACUUUAUCUAAGCAUCACACACCAUUGUGCUUAUCAUACACGUUCCAUAGUUCAUUUGAAAACACACUCUGAAAGGCGGAGUUCCAUGCCGAACCCCAGAACAUGUAUUCAUUCAUUAUAAGACAGUUCAGCGCAUCAGUGCUCUCUGCUGCACUUCUCCUCCACUCAGUUUAAAGCGGCGCCACAGACGUGACGCACGCAUGCACUGAGCGAAAAAAAAGUGAGAAAUAUUUGUGUGUGAUUGAUAAUUUUGUUGACUAGAAAUGCUUUAGAUAAGGGAAUAUAUUGUUUAUAAACACAACUUUGUGUGAGUAUUCUUCAGUAUCUCCAAGAGGCCUGGUUGUGUCUUUUUGGGAAUAUGCGUUGAACUGAUUUAGAAGUGCAUGAAAAACACUCGACCUGACCUGAAAAAAACCUUUUAAAAUUUUGCACCGCGCACACACAACUCUUCUCGCACAGAAGUGUCCUCUUUUUGGAGAGUCUAACUGUACACAGCAGCUCUCCCUGAAAGGGGUUGAAUGGUUAAUUUAAUUAUUGUAAGUCUCCUUUUCGCCCACUGCUCCCUUUGAAAUUUUAUGUGAUUUUUGAUGAGACGCGGCAGUUUGAGGACAGAAAUUAUGCUCUGUCUAACAGAAAAAGAAGUUAAUUUAAGAGGUAUUUAUGGACAUUAUUCUCGAUAAAUGUUUAACUUCGUUUGGAUUUAUUGAGGGGUCAGGACAAAGCGUUCAUGACAAAGGCCAAGUGUCAGUGUAGCUGCACUGGCACCUUCUGGUGCAUUGUAAACCAGAGGAGACAGAGAGAGACGGAGAGAGAGCUGAUGUGUGUCUGACUGAGAAGCAGCAUUACGCACGGGAUGGGGUAAACAAGUUUUUAAGAAAACAUAUCUUUUCUUCACCCCCUGCUGUUUUUUCUCCUUCUAUCUGUCUGUUACAGUAUGUCACAUUUAAAGGUCCACCCAGCUUGUCACUACAGUUGAGCCUCAGAAAAUAAAUUUUUUUCCCCCCUGCUUGUGAUGUUGACAUGUAGUUACAGUAAGACUGGUUUGUGCUCAUGUCCUCUUUUUUUCUGUACGGCUCCGUUUUCAAAAGUUAUUAGGGGGUUCAUGUUUUCUUUGAUUGACACCUGAUACAGCCUAUGGGCGUUCAGGGAUUGCGUAGCUCUCCCGGGGGAUACGCUGUUUGAGCCGAGCGUCAUCACAGCGACUCUCUGCGACUGCGCGCAUCGCUACUGCGCAGCGCUGGUUUCAGGAAAUGAAGAAAAAGAAAUGAGGAAAAAGAAAAAACAGGCGGUAGGCGGAACCAAGUUGUCCUUAGUAUAUACAGUCUAUGUGUAAAACUCAAACCCCCUCCACAAGAGGGGUUUUUUAAAGGUGCAGUUUUCUCCUGUUUUUGCCUCGUGUUCACACGUAAGGAGUUCAAAGUCACUGAAAAUUGAGAUUUUUUUUUUUUUCAAACCCUUCAAAGAUGGAGAUUUUUGUUUGAAAAACAAGAACAAAAGUUUUAGAAAAUGCUGACACUGUUCCUUUAACUUGCACACCCCCAUUGCUGAUUGUAUGUAUUGUGCGCGGCACUUUGCUCAGCACGGUUUACUCAAAAAAAAAAGAAACACUAGAUUCAUUUGAUUGUUAAACUGUACUUUGCUGGAUUACGGGAUGUGAUUUCAGCUUGCUAAAGCAGACACUGAAGACAGAAAGAAAUUUAAAAUCACUUGUGGUGUGGACAAGAUAUUUUUUCUUAAAACAGGGAUGAAAAUAUCAGUUUAUUCAAGUAUCCGUACCUGUGGUGCUCGCACCAAGAGUGUGGAACAACAUUGGCAGCAACAAGCAGCAGAAAAAGGUUAUAAUGACUGCAUUAGAAGUUACCUACUUCUCCCACUAUGAGUCAAGGAGAGACAAAACAACAGAUGUCUGUCAAUGUCUCACUCAACUAACGUACCAGCGGGCAGGAUUGCUGCCUGAACAGGAACUGCAUGUUGGGACUUAACUGGUGACAGUGGAAACUUCGAGACUGUCCUCCUCGGUGUACUUGUCAUGUCCUCUUAAUGCACUUCAUUUCUCUUUCCUGCAGCACGUUCCCAAUCUGGUGUCUGGCAUCUACACCAUCGGCCAGCGUGUCAUUGUGUCUGACGUUCAGGAAAGUUUGUUCUGGGUCCGUUAUCGACGCAACGAAAACCAGCUCAUCAUCUUUGCCGAUGACACGUAUCCACGCUGGGUGACCACAGCCUGUCUGCUCGACUACGAUACCAUGGCCUCUGCAGACAAGUUUGGGAACAUCAGCAUCGUAAGUAUGGGGACUGUUGGAUUAGGACGGAUUAGGAUCUGUCUCCUAUGAAAUUAGAGAGUUAUGAACUCUACUUUGUGAUUGUUAGGUGCGUCUUCCCCCAAAUACCAGCGAUGAUGUGGAUGAAGACCCCACAGGAAACAAAGCUUUAUGGGACAGAGGUCUUCUAAAUGGAGCAUCACAGAAGGUAAAAAAAAACUUUUUUUUUUUUUUUUUUUUUUUUUUUUUUAACAGAUUCAAAAGAAUGUGUCAUUAAAUAAGGGUAAUAAAAUUAGACGAUAAGCUAUCUUGAAUUUGUUUAUCAAGAAAAGAACAUCAAGAAAAAAGUUGCCAAUUUAUACACAUUAGAAUAAUGAGAAUUGCAAGAAAGGGCAAAACUUUAACAAACAACCCCGGAUUGAAUCCUAAAAAUGAAGAAAAAGCCGGUGAACUCAACCGCAUAAGGCUUCGUGUUCUGAUGAGUUUGGGCUGUUGAAUGAUUCAGGCCGACUGCCGCCGCCGCCAGAAUGUUUGUUAUGCCCGUGCAGGACUCUGGCCUGAUGCCCCGAUCUGCCUCCUCCAACCAUCGACACACACACACACACACACACACAAACACACAUACACACACUGCAUAACACCAUCAACCACAAGUUUAACCUACUGACAAAUGCAAUUGUGUAGACACGCUUGCACAGAAUGAAGAAAUACACAUCAAGUCACUCAUCCCAAAUUUAAAUGUUGGUCAGAAACUGUUUGGGUAGCAGAUCGUCCGGGAAAGUCCCUCCAGUUUAGACAUCGUAAGCUGGUCCCAAUUGUCUUUGUGACACAAUGUUUGUCAGCUAUUUCUGCCACCGUGCACAUUGAUUGAGAAUUCUGUUUGAGUUUGGAAAUGUACUCUUUCUGGAUUUAGAGUGGGUGUGGCCGCCUGCUUUUAUCCUCAUCCCGAAAAUGUUGUGUAUGUGCGUCUUUGUGCAUGUGUUUGUCCUGCAGGAUGAACUUAAUUACCCAUACAUGGCUUGACUAAAUGCUGCCUUCCAUUAGAUUAAACGCAUUCCACUUUGAUUCAAUUAAUGUAAUUCUUAGGAUCAAUGUCAGAGAGACACAGCGGCCUGUUGAGCAAUAUGAAAAGAUCAACUGUUUUCACCCCAGAUGUCCUGCAUUGGGUUAGGGGGACUGCUGUCGUGUCGUCCAGUAGAUCCCUCAAUUUUAUUAUGUUCAAAAAGCUUUGCUGACUUUACAAAUUUCACACACUUACCGUGGCUGCUUUCCAGUUGUGGUCAAAAGUUCACUCAAGCCUCACUCUGAACUGCAGUUUAUUUGUCUGACUGAAUGAGAACAAAAUUUGAUCAAAUGUCUCCCUGACAUCUGUUGUUUAGUGCACAGAGAGAGAUUAGAGGUGCUAAAACUGAGGUCGUUUCAUUCAACAUUUCACUUCCUCUUUAAAGUUUAUGGUCAGUUAACUGCUUUUACGAUGUGCCGCUCAGAGGAAGCCGUUUCUUUACUCCAGCUUGCACCAGGUGCAGUUGCUGUCUUUCCCUUACAUACAGUUCACCAGCUCAUGGGGGCUUCAAUCAGUCAAUCCUUAAAAUAAGAUGCCGUGUGAGGAUUGUAUUCGACUCAGCAGCCUAUGGCAAGACAUUACAGUUUUAUGGUUUGAUUAUAAUCUUUGAUGGAUGCAGACAUGUGCCUGGUCAGAUUGACUUAAAAGUAAAAGAACCCAAAUUCUUUGAACCCAAUUUCUGACGCUGCAGAUAAGUGGCGUGAACGGCUGCUGCUGUCAUGUGCAUUCAUAUACUAAUAGCUAUUUGCCGUGUGCUUUUUUUGAGGUGCUGUGACAAAUAAGCCAUGAUGACGCAGGACUAACAGUCAGAUGCUGGAAAAACUAACAGCCCCUUAAAGUUAAUGAUACGGGUGCAAUAAAAGUGACAUGCUUGACAUUUUGGAAUGAUCUUACCACUAGGGAUGCAAUUCAAAGCCUCCCCGUGAUCACCGUUCACACUCUUUGGAAAUAUUAAGUGGCAAUUACAGUGUUUCCCCCAGAAUUUGGUGCUGCUCUGUCUGUGGCCAUGAGGAUGAGAUGUUGACGCGUAUUCAUGCGUGUGAAAAUAGUUUCAAAUUAAAUGACCUUAGAAUCUUAAAAAACAGGAUUACACAGGUUUGUAUUUUGUCUCAAUUUACAUCUUUUGACAUUUAUCUAAGGAAAUAAUAAUAAUUACCGUCACAACACAGAAAUUUACUCACACUUAUUUAUUUACAAACCAGAGUACAGCCUACAUCCAGCCUGUGGAUAUUUGAUUCUUCUGGGCUUUUUGAACGUUACGUUACCUGCGCUGCUCACUAUAUAGACCGUGUAUAAGCUUGAACGUUACCCCUCACAUUGAUGGAAGAGGGUCAGACAGGAUUUGAUGAUGAUUCAAAACAAGUCGAAAAUAAGGUUGUGCAUUGUUGCGCUCACACAGUGUGAGUAGAAAUCAUUAGUGGCGCAUUCUUAUUAAUGAUCAUGACAAAUUUCAGUAGCGGCGCAUGUAAUUCAGCUGCUGUUGGAUGAAUGUAGGGGAAACACUGAAUUAUUGGUAACUGAUUUUAAAAAAUCUGAUUUGUCCUACAACAAAAACUUUUUAAAUGGCUCUUUGAACCUUAAUCCUAUUUCCCACAUCAACACAACUGCUCUGUAAAGGUAAAAAAAACUCACACCACCCUAAUAGAUGAAUGUAAUAUGAGACCACAUGUAGGUUAUUUCUACUGGAUAGAAAAUCAAACAAAAAAAGCAUGUUUGAGUAUGUUCUUAUCUCCAGUUAGUAAAGUAGGUGAAGGGAGUGCCGUUGAAAUGAUGGCUGCCACAAAUGAUUAAUCUGAUAAUCGACACGACCACGAUUAUUUUUGCUAUUAAUAGGAUCGUAUAUUUUUAACUUUUGCAUUAGUGUUUUUAAUCUCAAUGGGACCAACCUGGUUGAAUGGAGGUUUGUAUAUACCAACAUGUUUUCUUUUUAAGUGCUGGUGCAUGGUAGUCGUGCAGCCUAGAUAAGCAAGCUCUGCCUUGCAGAUCGUGCAUUUCACGGACUUCCCCUCUAUUUUUAAUAAAAUGCAAAAGAUUACAUUGAUUAUUAAAAUAGUUGUCGCCCAUUUUGUCGAACUUGAAUCGAUUAAUCGAAUAAUCGUGGCAGCCCUAGUUGAUAUUCUAAUUUAAGCAGCGUUUUCCAGUUACUUCAUGAAACAUCAUUCAAGCCAUUUAUUAUUUCAGCAAUCUUUGUGUGCUUGUUGGCAUACUGAUAUUAGUUUCAGGCUGUAAAGAGUAAUUGGGAUUCAUACAGCCUGACAGAAGUGCAAGAAGGGUGCUUUUGUUUUCAGAAAAAUUCUAAUCCAAAAAUACUGAAUCUCUUGCGUAAUUUGUAUGACCAAAAGGUGUUCAAGGAUAUCGUGAACAAUGAGCUUUUUUUAUUGAAAAAGCAAACCUGCAGACUUGACUCUGAUCAUUUGAAUUUCGACAGAAUGAGUGGAAGUUUCCCUCCGGGAGAAGAAGAGAAAUAAAGGGCGCUUUAUUCCUUGUGAAACACUGAUGUUUGUCUCCCCCUGUCCCGCUCGUUUCAUUCGCAUCAGAAGAAGCUGUGUUCUCCGCAUGUCUGACUCGUCGUGUCUGGGUCUCAGAGUUGCAUAGAGCACAUACAUUAAACUGACGCCAUGAGACCGAAAAAGCCCAAGCUAUUACUGAGGCUUAAUUACUUCCCAAUGCUGUCUUUGUGUCCAGGGUACAUCCUGAUUACAAUCUCUAAUUAUUGUUAAAGCAGGUUUUUGAUGGUUAUUGGAUUAGAUCCUACCAUCCGGACCAAUUUCCUCUGUGUAGACUGUGACAGUGCAAGUCUUCUCCUGGACCUCUGCCCUGGCACACAGCCCACUCUUCGUAUACUUUUUAUACCCGAGUAGCUGUCAGAUCCGUCGAGCAGAUCUGAAACGGCUUAAUUUAGAUUUGUGAUUACUUGAUCAAAUUUCUUCUGUCUAUACUUGGCGGCGUGUAAUUUUCCAUUUAAAGAACUGCAGGCAGUCAGAAGUCACUAAAUGUAGUCAGUCACAAUCGCAGAAAGACCAGAAAGUCAGGCUCAUGCAAAUAUUAUUCAUGUCCUCACACAAACCACCAAUCUAAGGAUCAGAGAAAUAUUGUUUUCUUCCCCUUCUUUUCAAUAAUAAACGGGGUGUUUGCCAAGACUUUUCAGGUAAAUGACAUCUCAUCUCCUAGCUUUGGUUCAGAAAGCCUCGAUAGCAAAAUGUACAAACAAACCACCACAAAAGUAGUCCCAAAUCCAAAAAAACUCUCGAAUUAAGUACAUUAAUGCCAGCCUGACAAAAACGGGAACAUUAAAAGAGAAAAUGAAGAAAUUUUACAACAAAAUGCGUGGCCACCCACAAUGUAUUGCGGCCACCCAAAGCACUGUUGGAGUGUGUCCACAAUGCAUCCCAUCCACUCAUUAGCUUCUUAAAGUAGAGGAGAUAUGAUCUGAUAUUUUAAAAAACACGAGUAUUGGAUCAUGACAACAUGUCAAAUGGAGCAGCAAACUUUCGUUCUGUUUUUAUGUGUCCCAAAAUGCACAUAUAGAGAUGUACUUGGGUACAUAAACUGUACAGUAGGCUGUCAAGGUAGAGAACAUUAUAUUUUCGGGACAGCAAAUAUUCCGAAUCAGAGGGCUAUUGUUUUCGGCUUAUCUGAAUAGUCUGAAUGAAAUCAUUAGAGGCACACACUUUUGAAUCCACUCAAUAGUAAGGAAAACUUGGAUUAUUUUGCCUUAUGUACUUUCAACCGCCCUACCGUCAGGGGUGCUUUCAACGGCAUAACACCGGACCAAGAACAGUCUGAGACUGAGAAUGACAAAACGCCUCGUCUGUAUCCUCCUAUUGAAAAGGUUUCAGCAGUAUGGACGUUUUACGGCUUCACAGAACAGAUGGAGCAGGUAAACCUGACACCAAUCUGCAGGUUAUGCCGUAAGGAAGUUGCAGCGUCAUUGUCUAACACUUCAAACCUACAUGCCCACCUCCGUGAACACCAUCCAGCAUCGUUCGCCCAAAUCAAGGUAAAAACAACAUGACCGCAAUAUGUUUGGUCUGCUCUACUGCUUAUUAUUGACAACGUUAGUGACGUUUCUGCUAACUUAAGCUCCAAAAAGCGAAUGCGCCCAAAGUCGCGUUAGCUGCAUCUUGCUCAUAUUGUUUGUGCGUGUCAUGCUGUGCACAGAGAAGUGAUUUCGCAGUUUUUUGCCAUUUUUAAUAACGUUAAAAGGAAUGCUCUAAUAUUGUGAUAAUAUCGUGAAUCGUGAUAUUUUGGGCCACCAAUAUCGUGAUAUUAAUAUUUUUCAUAUCGGCACAUGUCUAGUCCACUGUUGGGCCGACCCACUGCAACAACAAUUUACACAAGAAACACACAUUUGUUGUACUUCAGUCUUGCAUCAGACUUUAACCCAUACUACUCUUCUAAAAGGUCAAAUCUGAACUAUUUUAAAUAGCCGUCUCGUACCUUUUGAACAUUAUAUCACAAAUUUCCAUACAUCGUUGAUAGUGAUGUACAACUAUCAAGGCCCCACAACGCAACACAUACCCAUUGAUGCACAGCUGAUUGUGUCAGCUGUAAUUUUACAUUUUGACACAAAAAUUUUGGGGAAAAGGAAAAAACAUUGACACCGAGUGUUUGUUACAAAUGAUUUAUUUGCAAAAUGUCGUCCUUGGAGGUUUACAUUGCACACAAGGUAAUAUAUUUAGUCUUUCAGAGCUACUUGGCACAUCUGGUAUUUCUUUGCCUUAUUGAAUUAAGAUCUUGUUUCUACACACAACAGAGACAAACCACUGUAACCACCUGGGAUAUACAACAUCAAUUUUUCAAACAGAUUUCAGGCUCAUGGCCAUCAUGUGGACCCCUCAUGCAUGAGAGAGUUAAAAGUGUUUAAAUUCACAGUUUUAACCGAAGCCUUUCAUAAACAACACACACGUUUUAGUCUGGUCAUUUAAAAAGCAAAUUAAAAAACAUCUUGAAAUUUCAUAUUUGUAAAAAUAACACACACACACACACACACACACAUAUAACAUAUGCACACAAGCAUACAAACACACACACAUGCAUAUGCACAUGGAGUGCUACGCAGGUUGGUAGGGUUUCUUGUUGUCAUUUUGAUUUGUUUCAUUCCUUUAUUUUGUUUCAUUGUGAUUUUCUUUUUAUAAUCACGGGGUAUCAGAGUGUCCAAUUUAUGUUCCAUGAUGUAGAUAACAACCCAUAUGUUUUCUUCAAAUUAAAUCCAAGUUCCUGUCAGCCCAUCUUGUCUUUUUUGUGUUGUGACCAUAAAUGUACGUAAAAAUAUAUUGUUUUUAAAUAUGGACCCCAGGAAGACUAGCGGUGCUCCAGAGCGCAGCUGACGGGGAUCCUGACAAAUAAACAAACAGUCCUGUCCUCGGUUUUCUCGCCCACACUUUGUGUUUGUACUUCUUAAUCUUGAGCUCUGCUUUACAGGAAAUCAACAUUUGGAUAGACAAAUAAAAUUAUCUUUGAAAAGAUAAAGGAUGAUUUAAUUUUUGAAUUUCAAAAAUAUAAUCACACGGUCACAUGAAAUGUUGCAUCAAAUGAACUCAGGUCAUUUUAGGUAAUGAAGAGCCGUGAGGGGUCAGAAAUAAAUGAAAACCAUCUGUUUACUAUCUAUCUGUUUGUGUCAUGGAUUACACUCGAGGGGUGAAUUCAGCCAGAUAACAAAAACACAUGACUGACUGUCUCUCCCUCCCUGUCUCUUAGGCUGAAGUGGUAGUGAACUACCACGUAGGAGAGACGGUCCUCUCGCUCCAAAAAACAACUCUGAUCCCCGGGGGUUCAGAGUCGCUGGUCUACACCACGCUGUCUGGAGGCAUCGGCAUAUUGGUCCCUUUCACAUCCCAUGAGGUAUAAGUCAAACAUCUGCGCAUCCAGUGUCACAAGAGGCUAAUGCAUUAUUCCGGCUCCAAACACAUCUCGCAGCUCUUCCUGUCCUAUGGAGAGAAUCAAUUUAAUGCAUAAAAUAUUCUUCCGUUUUUCCAUUUUUUAAUCUUUUUGAAUUCUUUUUUCUGUCUGUAGGAUCACGAUUUCUUCCAGCAUUUAGAGAUGCAUAUGCGCUCUGAAUUCCCUCCAUUGUGUGGCCGAGAUCAUCUCAGCUUCAGAUCAUACUACUUUCCAGUCAAGGUUUGCUUGUGCUUAAUUUUAUGCAGAUUUAUUUUAGGAGAGCAUUGCAGCACUGUGGACGAACAGACACAGAUACACUCAGAGUGAGUCAUUGUUUCUCCUCUUCUUCCUCUUCAGAAUGUGAUCGAUGGAGAUCUGUGUGAGCAGUUUAACAGUAUGGACCCUCACAAGCAAAAGAGUGUGGCAGAAGAGCUGGACCGAACACCCCCUGAGGUCUCCAAAAAACUGGAGGACAUUCGUACCCGUUACGCCUUCUAAUUGUACACCGUCAGGCAGCAGAGAAGGACUCAGAUGCUCUGCAAACCAUUAUUUGUACACACACACAUUUUGGCCACAGUACAGCCUUUUUUUAAAGACAUGAUUUCCUGGACUUGUCGUUUUUUAUGGCUGAUCAUGAACAGACUUGUCUGAUCACACAGAAACAUAAGUGUUGUCGAUUAUUUUUGUACAUAAAUCAAAAAUGCUACAACUCAAAUGCACCUCUACAUUGAAAACACACAUACGCAUUCAACAUUGAAGAGUGUGAAUGUUCACAAACAGUUGUGUGAACAGUAUUGCCAUCAUUCAUCCACCCACAUACAGGCUAAGAGGUUUCUGGAGGUUAUUUGUACCUCCUCUGUGCUGUUGUCAGCAAAAACCACACGCAGUGACAGAUUCCAUAACGGGAAACUCAGCCACGCAAGAUCUACCGGUGCUCGGUUGAGUCUUUCUGCGCUCCAUUGUACAGAUUUCUGUGCAGAAGUGUCACACUCGGCUGUUCUGAGUGUCAUCCUCACAAACACAAGGAUGUGUGAAGUGAAUUCACACACUCGCUCCUGGGCCCCUCUGUUUCUAAAGAUGAGUAAUCAGUGGCUCAUCAGAGCUUCUAACUUCAAGAACUAGAUAGAAAUGGGCCUCCAAACCAGUCUGAGUCAAAGCUACAGAAAGUGUCACAUACUGGGGCAUUAGGCAAAGCUGAACUCAGACUGAAUAGGUGGGUGGAAGAAUACUGAAGGUUUGCGUUGGGUGGUGUUCUCAGUCCUGUAAAAUUCCCAACCUCAGCCACAAGCGCAGACAUAGCAUUCCUCAGUAGUCACUGAAUUUGAGGGUUUGUGGCAUAGGGGCAGUGGUCUGUUUUUGUAAAUAAAGUUGUUUUUUGUGCUUUAUAAUUCCACGUGUUUGCGUGUCAUUUCCUGCCACUGUGUGGAGAACCAAAGCUCAGCCAGAGGAUUCGCACCCACCUCCAUCUCCAUCAUCAAUCUCAUCAGAAGUUCAAUAUCAGGCUGUAUGAUCUUAUUUUUAUUUGUGUUGCGAUUCAAAAUAAAGACCACUUUCUUGCA